AUGUUCCGAAAGGCGCAGAAGGAUGGUCCGACUUACCCAUACCUUUUCCACAUGUUCCGCUGCCACUCCCCUUCCCUCGAAAUCGCGCCCUCCCUGCAAUGUCAGGUGUGUCGCCGCACUUAUGAUCGGCUCGACCACCUGAACCGACACUUGGACUCGCGGACUUACUCCUUCGACAUCGAUCCACUCAUACAAAGAAUGCCGCAGAGGGGCAAGUAA